CUAUGCCCUCCGGAGACCCUGCCAUGGCCCCCUGCAAGGUCCUGCUACUGACGGUGGCGCUGGUGGCGACGUCCUGUGUCCUGGCGGCGCCUCAGCUCCGGGAGCCCCUGGGCCCUCGGUAUGACGCUGCCCGCUACGAGUUCGGCUACGAGGUCAACGCGCCCGACUAUGGGAACGACUUUGCCCACGCUGAGCGGCGAGACGGGGACGACACCUCGGGGCAGUACCGCGUCCUGCUCCCCGACGGCCGGGUGCAGGUGGUCUCGUACACGGUGAGCGGGGACUCGGGGUACGUGGCGGAGGUGUCAUACCAGUAGAAGGAGCGGCAGGAGUCUCGCGCCCCCUACACGAUGGAGCCUCCUGUCCUGUACUGCCGCCUUCGCCAAUCUCAGACAGGCACGGGGGUUCUCGAGCAGAGCCGGCUAACGUAUUUUAUCUGCUCUCUCUCUCUCUCUCUCUCUCUCUCUCUCUCUCUCUCUCUCUCUCUCUC